CAGAGGAAGAAGAUGGCUAAUUUGAAGCGUAAACACAAAUAUCUCUGACGAAAGUCUUUAUUGUAUCGUAUCGAUUACUGUUCAAACUCCGUUGUUGUUGUGCAUAGUCGGUUGAUUUGAUAAAUGUAUUGUGGUCAAUGAUAUAUGUCUGGACUAUGGCGUUAUCAUCCAGGCCUUGAAGUUGUCCUUCUGACGGACGUCCAUGAUUCAACUGGAGAAACCAUUGCUGACUGGGAUCAUGCCUGUGGUAUGGCCCACCAUACUUGACCUAGGCAGGGAUGAGUGCAAAAGAAUUCUCCGUAAACUGGAACUGGAGGCAUAUGCUGGGGUUAUCAGUGCCUUGCGAGCUCAAGGAGAUCUUUCAAAGGACAAGAAGGAUCUCCUAGGAGAGCUCACUAAAAUUCUUGGGAUCUCAACAGAGCGUCAUCGAGCAGAGGUCCGUAGGGCAGUCAAUGAUGAACGCCUCACAACGAUUGCUUAUCACAUGUCAGGUCCUAAUAGCGCCUCUGAAUGGUCCAUUGAAGGACGCCGGCUUGUCCCAUUGAUGCCAAGACUAGUCCCUCAAACAGCAUUUACUGUGACUGCUAAUGCGGUAGCCAAUGCCACAGCCACUCAAAAUGCCUCCCUCCUGCUGCCAGCAGAAACAGGAAACAAAGAAGUGGUUGUGUGUUACUCCUAUACGAGCACCACAUGUACUUCUACCAGUGCCACAGCAAGCAGUGGCACUUUAGGAGCCGCAGUGAAAUCUCCACGACCACCUAGUCCUGCCUCCAAUGUGGUGGUGUUGCCCAGUGGGAGCACUGUUUAUGUGAAAAGUGUGAGCUGUUCAGAUGAGGAUGAAAAGCCGCGGAAGAGAAGGCGGACCAACUCUUCCAGCUCCUCGCCAGUGGUGCUGAAGGAGGUUUCCAAGGUGAACCCACCUAUAUCCAAGAACAUCACUGUACCGGUGAGCGGCGGUCCCAAGAUGAGCAACAUCAUGCAGAGCAUUGCCAACUCCUUGCCCCCACAUUUGUCCCCAGUGAAGAUAACCUUCACCAAACCCACUAUCCAAACCACCAACACUACAACACAAAAGGUGAUCAUUGUGACAACUUCCCCAAGCUCCAACUUUGUGCCCAACAUCCUGUCCAAGUCUAACACCCACAACAAUGCGACCAUUUCCAAACUGGCCUGUACAUCCAUGCUGACAACAACCAGCCAGAAACAGACAGUGGUGUUUCCAGCCAGUUCCAGCUCCUCUUCUAACGCCAACACUGUGGCAGUCACCACAGUGGUCUCUUCAAGCCCUUCUGUAGUAAUGUCAACAGUCGCACAGUGUGUUUCCUCUGCCGGUGUGAAGGUGGCUUCAGCUAGGCUCCCAUCACCCAAGACUCUGGUGGGAUCUCCCACUCAGAUUUUGGCCCAAUUCCCAAAACAGCAGUCCCCCAAACACCUGCAGCAGGGCUCCCCUAUGGGGGCUCCCUCUGUCAGCCAGACCCAGGCCUCUACUACCCCACCUGGCACCAAACCCACCAUUCAGAUCAAACAAGAGUCAGGAGUGAAAAUAAUUACCCAGCAGGUGCAGCCCAGCAAGAUCCUUCCCAAGCCUUCCUCAGUGGCCUUGUCUAGCAGCAGCUCCUCGCCAAUUAUGGUUGUUAGCAGCAAUGGAGCCAUCAUGACAACGAAGUUGGUGUCCCAGCCCACAGCUACUCAGGCCACCUACACGAGACCCACUGUUAGCCCUAACAUUGGCGCUAGAAUAUCAGCAACCGCCGCUGGAACCACCUAUGUCAAGACUACCAGUGGCAGUAUCAUCACGGUGGUGCCAAAGUCUCUAGCAACAUUGGGUGGCAAGAUCAUCAGCAGCAACAUUGUAUCUGGCACAACAACUAAGAUUACCACUAUACCCAUGACAUCAAAGCCAAAUGUCAUUGUGGUUCAGAAAACAACAGGUAAAGGAGCUACAAUCCAAGGACUGCCUGGCAAGAAUGUGGUCACCACACUUUUGAAUGCUGGGGGUGAGAAGAGCCUUCAGACUGUUCAGGGGACCAAGCCAGCCAUCAUCACAGCUUCCAGACCCAUUACAAAAAUGAUAGUCACCCAGCCCAAAGGCAUGAGCUCAGGUUCCCAGUCCACUGCCACAAAGAUCAUACCCACUAAGAUAGUCUAUGGGCAGCAAGGGAAAACACAGGUUCUUAUUAAGCCCAAGCCAGUCUUCCAGACGGCAGUGGUGAGUGAGCAGACACGACAGCUGGUCAGUGAGACUCUGCAGCAGGUGUCCCGCGCCUCCGACAUGGGACAGAGUCAGCCCUCUGGGCAGGAUGUGUCGACUAAGGAUGAGUCCAACAACCUCAUAGAGAGCAGCACGUCGUUGGUGGAGGGCUCCCAUAGUAGUGCCCAAGACUCUCAAACUGUAGUGCACGUACUAUCCACCAGAGAGCAGGAUUGGACUGAGCAGGAGGUAUCUGUGGAAUCCAACCCCACUAUCAUCUAUCAGGAAGUGUCUGCUGGGGAAUCCCAGUCAGCCACUUCCACCAUCAAAGCACUCCUUGAGCUUCAGCAGACAACAGUGAAGGACAAAAGUGAGCUGAGACCCAGGCAACACACCAUAGACCUGAGCCAGAUGGCAGUGCCUAUCCAGUUGGCCCAGGAAAAGAAACUGAGCCCAGAGUCACCCAGGCCCUCCACAUCAGAAUCUGAAUCCGGCACCGAGUAUGUCACAGAAGGUAAGGCCAGCAGAGUUGGGUUGCCCCCUAAUGAGGAGGAUGUGGUCAUGUCUUCCAGCCAGCAGCAGGGGAAGGCUUACAAAAGCAAUAGCCAGGUGACCCUGGUAGCCAAAGCUAUUCCCACCUCCUCAGCAGCUCUGACUUCACACCUCAGCCAGAUGCCAUCUGACAGCCAUGGCAAAGUGGAGACCAUCUUGGAGGCAGGGGAGCUGGAAGGUGACACCUUGGACCCCCAAACAGGCUUGUUUUAUCGCUCAAGUCAAACUGCCGUGGACCCCCCAAAGCAAGCAACUCACACCACAACUCCCAAACCCCAGACCCAACUGGAGCCAGAGCAAAAUCGGCAUGGGUCCACCUCCACCCAGCUUCCACUGCCACAACUGCAGAGCAAACCCCAGACAAGCCAGCCACCCUCCUCCCCCUCCCCCUCCCCCUCCUCUUCCUCCUUUUCCACAACCCAUUCGCUGACGAAAAAGCUCCCUAAACUAUUAGAGCCGUCUCAGCCCAAGCCCCAGGCCCCAAGUCAGAGCCCCAAGGAGCGACCCUCAUCUGCAUCAGGCCAGGUAGGGGGGAAAGUUGCCACCCCAAGUACACCAACGAAGCCCCUGUUGACACCCCAGCUCCCUAAACUCCAGCAAGCACCCACAUCCCACCACAGGCCCAUCCACACACCAAUGUCCCAGCCACCUCCACUACAGGCUCACCACCCUAUCAGCACAGAAAAGAUUGCCUCAAGCCAGCAGCCAAUCAUCACACAGAGUGCCACUGUUACCAAGAUCACCUUUGGCAGUGCCCACCAUUCAGCCCCAGCUUUCAGCAGUGGAGAGGCCACCGCCAAGCUGAUUCCUGAGUCUAGCUCAGGGCCCUCCAGCAACAAGCCUUCCGUGUCGGACAUCCUCAAGAUCUCCAUGAUGGAGGCGGAGAUCGACCCCAGCACUGAGCCUAUGGUGGUAGAUUCCUCCAGUGACUGUGGCUCCCUGGGAAAAGCCCUGGAGGUUGGAGUCCAGGCAGUAUCCGGGACACUUGGCUCUGGCCAGUUCAUCAGCAGCUCCGGGACCUCUGUGCAUCAUUCCCACAUCAAACCCCAACAUGGUCAGUUCAGUCGCAUGCAAGGCCUUACAGCUCAGAGAAACAAGGAAGACUUGGAUGUCAUAGAGGUGAUCCCUCAGUACUCCAUUUUGCCUGACUCAAGUCAGUCCAACGUGGUUGUGGAGCCCAGCGGCUUCCUGGAGAUAACCAACUACACCAGUCAGCAGCUGGAGGAGGACAGCCCAAUGGAGCAGGAGGUGGACAGCAGCAACGAUGAAGCCACAGCAGCCAGCCCAGCAGAGGACAGCACAGACCGACCCUAGUACAACUCCUAUCACAGUGCUGACAUCACCGCCACAGUACAUGUUGUACUGUUUAUAAUGGAAUGGACUAGUGGUACUAAACAUCAUAUUGCUUUCUCUUCAUGUCAAUCUGUCAUAUUUGAUUAAAAAAACAAAAAACAAAAAAAAAGGAAAAGAAAAAUGACCUCGUUAGUUUUCCCUUGCCAGAUCAGGAAAGGGCCUCAGACCCACUGGACAAUGACAGGUUGGCUGUUAUUCAGUAUAAUAAUAAUAAUAAUAAUAAUAAAUUAAACUUAUAUAGCGCUUUUGUAACACUCAAAGUCGCUUUACAAUAAGCGGGGUGAAACAAUACAACAGAUAAACAUAACACAAACAUACAGGGGUAGGUGGGAAGGGGGGGCUACGAGAAGGAGAAGCGACAGCCACACAUGACGCCAGCAGUACUCUCCUACUUAAACACAUACAAAAGGGCAAGAAAAAAAAACCCACAACACUGUGGACCUUGAUUUUCUGUAGGGGUUUACUCUCGUAGCCUAGUCCUCUCCUGAGGUAUCCACUAGACAGUGGCACUAUUUAACCCAUAGCUGGGGGCUGGUUCGUGGGCAUCAGGGAAUAUCCACACACCGGUGGGCCUGCGUACCACACGUCUAGGGGCCAGACCACCUUCGCGUCCCUUGUAGUUAAGCCAGGGUCCAAGGUGUACCCAGUUACCGUGUGUCGCCACGAGGAGGCACUACAUAGGGCUUGCUGUUGGAGAGGCUAUGUACUGGCAGGGAGAGACUUGCAUGCGGUAAGUCUCUCCCUGCCAGUACAUUUUUGUUUAAGAACAAAAAUAUUGUAAAAUAAUUUGAUAUGUUUUCCCAAACAUCACAUACAAGGUUUCUUAUUGCCACUGAUGAGCAUAGGGCUGGAUGUUAAAUAGGGGAGCAAAAGGGAAAAGUUCUGUUUCAAUUUUAUCCCAGACAAGUUUUAGAGCAGCCUGUCAAAACAUACUGGACAGAAAUGUUAACAACAUAGCUUGCAGGACUUUAAAAGACAAUUAAACUUCCAUGAAACUCAUGACUUGGAAACCAGCUGAAUACAGAUGAUAUACCUAGCAUUGUGCACUAUGCCUAAGUGCAUCUUUUGGACGAUAUGUUUAACCACUUCUGGCCACUGGUACAGUGUUUCCUGAGGCCUACGCUUGUUUUUAGGGUAGGGAGGCUUGAGACAUUUCCCCCAGUAAUUGUUUGGACAAAAAAAUAUCUUGUUGACCAUGACUGUCCCAUUGCAGAGGGGUGUGUUGUUUUAAUGCUUUGGAUGAAAACCCCUCUUCAAUCUUUUUUUUUUUCAGUGAGCUGCGAGUUUUUAAUGAAAAACACAUUUGGGAAUAAAGCAAUGUAUAUAUACCUUUUUAACAGUUGAAUGAAGAAUGUUCAAAAUACAUUUCUGAGAAGAAUAUAGAGCUGAAUGGAGAGAGGGAAAAUAAGGAUAGAGUCUAAGAUAUUUGAUAUUAUCCAUUCUAACUUGUGUGUUGUAAAAAAAAAAAGAUUUCAGCAGUUUACCACUUUUGUAAUAUAUGUUCUGGAGGUCUAAAUGUCAAUGUGAGAAAUUUCAAAGUAUGUGUUUGUUUUUGCAGUUUCUUUUGUACCUUUUCAAACUAGAGAACUAGUUGAGAAGAAAAAAAAACAUUUAAUCUGCUUAAUAAAACCAGCAAG